AUGGCGACUACAGCCGCUUACAAUGGGGCCGACGCACCAGACGAAGCGGCGUCAGAGCCGUCCAGCGCAGAGGCGGUGCCGCUGCCAAAGCCGCGGUGGUUCACGCCGCUGCGCCUGCUGCUGAUCUUUUGCUUCGCAAAUGUGAUGGUGUACCUCGACAGGGGCGUCAUCGCCAGCAACGGCGUGAACGGGUCCCCGCGCACCGCAGAGGACCCCAAAGGCAGCGGCAUCCAGGGCGACUUCAAUCUGAGCAACGCAGAGGACGGCCUGCUGGCAACCGGCUUCCUGAUCGGCCUCCUCAUAGCAUCCCCGAUAUUUUCGGAGGCCUGCAAGCACUGCAGCGCGUUCCGGCUGAUCGGCAUCGGCAUGGGCACCUGGGUCCUCGCCGUGGCGGGCUGCGGGCUGUCCUUCAACUUCGGGUCCCUGUUUGCGUGCCGCAUGUUUGUCGGUGUCGGGGAGGCGUCGUUCGUGGCGCUGGCGUCGCCGUUCAUUGACGACUACGCGCCCCCCGAGAAGAAGGCCAAGUGGUUCGCCUUCUUCUACAUGUGCAUCCCGGCCGGCUACGCCCUUGGAUACGUCUACGGCGGCCUCGUCGCCGCGGCGCUGGGCUGGCGCGCCGCCUUCUACAUCGCGGCCGGCGUGAUGGUGCCGUUUGUGGCGCUCAUGUUCCUCUCGACGCCGCUGCACCUGCACGGCUCGCACGACGCCGGGCCGGACCCCCACCGCCCCAAGGGCGUGAAGGACGUGACUAAGGAGUUCUUCGUCGACACCGCGCGCAUCUUCAAGCACCCGGUGUGGGUGCUGAUGGUGGCCGGUUACACCUGCUACGCCGCCGUCAUCGGCGUCUUCGCGUUCUGGGGCCCCAAAGCCGGCAAGGAGAUCUACGAUCUCAAGGGCACCUCGGCAGAUCUCAUCUUUGGCGGCGUCACCGUGGUCACCGGCGUCAUCGGCGGGCUGGGCGGCGGCGCGCUCCUGGACUGGAUGGGGUCGACGCUGCGCAACGCCAACCUGAUCUGCGUGCUGGCCAACUGGGGCGGCCUGGCGAUGUGCCUGCUGGCCUUCCUGGCGACGCGCAGCUUCUACCUGUUCAUCGCGCUGUUUGCGGUGGGAGAGCUCCUGCUCUUCUGCAUCCAGGCGCGUCCGGCGCCAGCGAUGCUGUUGUGUAUGUUGUAG